AUUACCGGUUAAUGAAGAAAUCAAGAAACUCCCGAGUUGGUGCUCAUAAAUAAGACUUCUUGUUUCUGCACACUGCACACUGCACACUGCACAUUCUGCAACUCCUUCUGGCCUGUAAAUCUGUGCUCAAUUGCUCACAUCCCCAUCUGAUCUGUGACCAUAACACAGAGGAGACGAAACACCCCCCUCCCACGUCCCACCCGCCCCACCCACCCCCCCCCCCCCAAAAAAAAAAAAAAGUAUGCAAGAAACUAUAGUGUUGUACCCAGCUCCAGGAAUAGGCCAUCUCGUCCCCAUGGUAGAGCUGGGGAAGCUCAUCCUUCGCCACCAACACCACAUCUUCAUUACAGUCCUUCUCACCACCGGACCAUUCGACAGCCCCACCACCACAGCCUAUAUCAAUCAAACCUCCAAAACCAUCCCUUCUCUCAUCUUCCAGCCCUUCCCUUCUCUCCCCGCUGAACCUUCUGCUACUGCUUCCAGCCCAAUUGACAGUCUCCUACAUUUCAUUACAAACAACAACCAAAACCUCCACCAAGCCCUCAAAUCUAUCUCUGAAACCUCCACAAUUCGUGCCCUCAUCAUCGACUUCUUCACCACCGCCGCUCUCCAAGUCUCCUCCACCCUCAGUAUCCCCACGUACUACUUCUUUACCUCCGGCGCCGCUGGCCUCGCUGCUUUUCUCUACAUCCCAACCAUCCACAACGAGACCACCCAGAGCUUGAAAGAACUCACCAACACUCAUCUUCAUUUCCCAGGCUUGCCCCCAAUUCGUGCCUCUCAUAUGUCCGAAGCAUUACUCGACAGAGACAGCCACUCGUACCAUGAAUUCCUUCACAUCGCUGAGAGUCUACCCAAAUCAAGAGGAAUUUUGGUGAACACCUUCGAGUCACUCGAGCCCAGAGCGAUCAAAGCCAUAGCCAAUGGGUUAUGCGUGCCCAGCUCCCCAAUCCCACCUGUUUAUUACAUCGGACCUUUGAUUGCAAAUCCCGAAAAUCGAACCCCAGAGUGCUUGGCAUGGCUUGAUUCUCAACCCAGUCGAAGCGUUGUGUUUCUCUGUUUCGGCAGCCAAGGCAUCUUCUCCGUGGAGCAACUCAAAGAAAUAGCUACUGGGUUGGAGCAGAGUGGCCAUAGAUUCUUGUGGGUUGUAAGAAAUCCGCAGCAGAAACCCUUCGCAGCAGCCACGGAAACUGAUUUGGAUGCUUUACUGCCGGAGGGGUUCUUGGAUCGAACAAGGGAAAGAGGUCUUGUUGUGAAGUCGUGGGCGCCUCAGGUGGAGGUUCUGAGUCGUGAAUCGGUUGGUGGGUUUGUGACUCACUGCGGGUGGAACUCAAUAUUGGAAGCGGUGUGUGCAGGGGUACCGAUGGUGGCGUGGCCUCUCUAUGCAGAGCAGCGUAUGAAUCGUACUGUGUUGGUGGAAGAUAUGAAGCUGGCGAUGGCGAUGGAGCAGAGGGAAAAAGACGGGUUCGUGAGUGGGACCGAGGUUGAGAAACGGGUUAGAGCUUUACUGGAAUCGGAUGAUGGGAGAGCGAUAAGAGAACGGAGCUUGAAGAUGAGGGAUGGGGCCUUGGCUGCGUGGGCCAAGGAUGGCUCGUCACGGGCUGCCUUUGGCAAUUUCGCGCAGUCAUGGGAGCCAUGAUUUCACGGUUUCAAAUGUCCAUUGGGCUUUAAAAUUGAGUGUUUUCCUUUUAUGUCAUUCAAUAAGCUUAUUAUGUAUUGUUUUAACUCUCUUGAUAUCGUAAGAAUGAUUUGAAGUCACUCUUAA